UGCCUCGCUCCGGGCCGUUGCGCGCAUGCGCAGUGCGGACUCGCUUGGCCCCGGUGGCGGCGGAGCGGAGAUCCCAGCACCAUGCCGGGGAAGCGCACCAGCAAGAAGAGCCCGGCGCCGGAAGAGGAGGCUCCUGGGAGGAAGAGGAUUAAAGUGUGCCACCCGUCCCACUGCACGCAGCCCGGGCUGGUGCUGACGCUGGGGCAGGGCGAUGUUGGCCAGCUGGGCCUGGGAGAGGAUGUGAUGGAGAGGAAGAAACCAGCCCUGGUGUCCCUGCCGGAGAUGAUCGUGCAGGCGGAAGCGGGGGGGAUGCACACGGUGUGCCUCAGCCAGACAGGGAAGAUCUACACCUUUGGCUGCAAUGAUGAGGGUGCCCUCGGGCGCGACACCUCUGCAGAAGGGUCCGAGACCACGCCGGGGCUGGUGGAGCUGCAGGAAAAGGUGGUGCAGGUGUCUGCAGGGGACAGCCACACGGCCGCACUGACAGAGGACGGCAGGGUUUUCGUCUGGGGCUCCUUCCGGGAUAACAACGGGGUGAUCGGCUUGCUGGAGCCCAUGAAGACCAGCUCCAUCCCUGUGCUGCUCCAGCUCAAUGCACCCGUCAUUAAAAUUGUCUCAGGGAAUGACCACCUGGUGAUGCUGACAGUGGGUGGUGACCUCUUCACGUGUGGCUGUGGCGAGCAGGGCCAGCUGGGGAGAGUGCCAGAGCUCUUUGCCAACCGAGGAGGAAGGAGAGGUCUACAGCGGUUGCUGGUCCCCCAGCGCGUCCCUGUCAGAGGCAAAGGCAACAGAGGCAAAUUGCGUUUCCAGGAUGCCUUUUGUGGGGCUUACUUCACUUUUGCCAUCACAGAGGAGGGACACAUCUAUGGAUUCGGCCUCUCUAACUACCAUCAGCUUGGCACCCAGGGCACCGAGCCCUGCUUCUCCCCGCAGAACCUGACGUGCUUCAAGAACUCCACCAAGUCCUGGGUCGGGUUCUCUGGAGGGCAGCACCACACAGUGUGCGUGGACUCAGAGGGGAAAGCCUACAGCCUGGGCAGGGCAGAGUACGGCCGCCUGGGCCUCGGGGCUGGGGCAGAGGAGAAGAGCACACCCACAGUCAUCCCCGAGCUGCCCAGCAUCUCCUCUGUGGCCUGCGGAGCUUCUGUCGGCUACGCUGUCAGCAGUGAUGGCCGAGCGUUCGCCUGGGGCAUGGGCACCAACCACCAGCUGGGCACAGGGGAGGAGGAGGACGCCUGGAGCCCUGUGGAGAUGGUGGGCAAGCAGCUGGAGAACCGCACGGUGCUGGCAGUGUCCAGCGGUGGGCAGCACACUGUGCUGCUGGUCAAGGACAAGGAGCAGAGUUGAUGAAGCGACAGCUUGGCUGAGCCCAGUGGGAUGCAGGACCUGCACCCCCCCCACCUUCCACCCGGGAUGGGUGAUCGGUUUCCAGCUCUGGUGUCCCAUCACUGGCAGUGGGGAGGGCAGGAGGCUGCUGGAGCAGGACUCUUCAGGGAUGCUCGUGGUUUCUCCCUGCGUGUGUCUGUCUUCCCACGGUGCCCAGUGCUCUGUCAGCUCCCCCGCCUUGGCUUGGUCCUAAAUCAAUCUCAGUGCUGUGGCUGGACGGGUUUUCAA